UUAUACGCCAUUGUGAGAUGUGUUCACUGGAGGUGUAUCGUUAAACAUCCAUUUAUGUUUAAGAUGGUGGCUAAACUUUUCGCAUAUCUUCUAAGAAAUAGACGGCUGAGCUUGCAUAUGUAUAGUGCUCGAACAAUGUCUGGCUAUGUUGCUAAUAUCUGACGUUAAUAUCUACUUCUGCCAUUGGGACGAUUGGUCUUUCCGUGUUGGGACAACAUAGUCAUGACUGUGACGAUCGAGUUGACAGGCGGUGGGGCGAUAUGGAAGGAGGAUAUGGUGUUUUACUCCGAGCCAGCAACUAAGGCUAUAUCACAGCAGCAAAGCAGACGGCCCCGUAAACCAAUGCUACACGCACAGAACGAUCGAUGUGCCCGAGACGAGAUCUGAACCUACAACCGCCAAUCCGCACUGUCUUCAGUAUCUUGUGACAGGCGCUAACCGUUGCGCCACCGGACUGUCGGGCAACAUGCGACCACGACUGCUGCAAGCUAUAGCGCUAAUUAAGUCACACAGAAGGAAAACCAAUCACUCAGAUGUGACCGAGUCUUCUAAAUAUCGUAUAUAAUAUCAUCAUUUUUUGCAAAAGGAGCGUGGGUGGUGUAAUUAAACCACGUUGAUUUACUUGUUUACGAGGUUCGUAAAGCUGUUAGGACGUCAGAUGACCGAGUUGCGGCGACACUACCUACAUUACGUGACGACCUAUUCGUGUGGCGUCUCGAUCUAUAUCUUCAUACGUCUACAACUCCAAACCGAGAACUGCUCUAACUUUUCACGUUAUCCAAAUUAUCAGUAUAAAAUACCCAGUGGUUGAUGCUCAUACGUCUUCACGUCCAUGCAUUAAAAUAUUGGGGAGCCACAAAUAUUUGACCAUGGAUGUGUAAUACAAGUUCGUGAUUUGCCACAAAGGACACCGGAAGAAAUCAGCCAACGAUGAUUACAAAUGGCGAAUCAUUACGAGGUCGACACUCAGCUGUUCCUGUUAAUUAAACGUACAUUCAGUCAGCGUCAUCAACUAAAUCUUGUUGUUCACCGUCAAAGUACCAAGUUAUGACUGCCUGUAUUGUUUAUGUUUGAGUGGGUACGUAGCGUACCCGUGUUGCCGACCAGCGCCCCUCCCACCCAGGCCGCCUACCCGGAAGCAUGUAAGGGACACAAUCGCAGGACGCAUGCGUGGAGUGGUUAUCUCUCCGACAUCGAUGUUGGUUGACACAACACAACACGAGUGUGUAGCUGUCUCUCCGAUCGAUUUUGUUUGUCGUCCUAUGAGUAAGGAGCUUGUAGUACGAAAUAAUGAACCCCUGUGCCUGCCAUCUGAUGUGAAGUGCGUCUGCUGCAGCUCGGCCCACACAUAGCUGACAUCGUGGACAUAUAUCUCAAGGCAGCUGAUAUGGCAGUGACAUAUUCUCAAGAUGCCAUGUCUGAGCUUCAAGCCACCAUAGAGUUGUCAGUAGAACUCGGAAAGUUCUACAAUGUAGACCUUUUCCAACGUGGGUCUUACCAACUUCGGGUCUCUCUGAAAACUCCACCGAAAUUCCCUGCUAGAAUUGAAGUCAGCUUAAACAAGCCUGCACACACAGAGAAUUUAACAAGAUCUUCCCAAGUCUGCACAGCAGUCCUAGUCAAUAAUGUGGCAUUAACGCGGACAUUCCAGAUCUUAUAUCGUAAUGAAGAUAUUAACAUCAAUGAUGCAAUCCUGUAUCGUAUUCACACCUUGGUGGACAGUGCAAGAUUGGAGGAAAGUCUGGAAAACUUGGGACUGCAAUUGGUUGUGGAGCUGUGGUUUGGGGAGGAUGAAGGAGGAAACGAUAGUGGAGAGAAAAUGGAAUGCUGUAGCCAGCGUACACUGCAGCUGCAUUUCAGCCCCACCAAGGGCCUGCAUCACCACCUUCCCGUGCUUUUUGAUUAUUUUCACCUGUCGGCAGUGGAGGUGACUAUACAUGCCACCAUGAUCGCCAUCCAUCAGCCAUAUCUGAACAUGCCCCGCCCUCACAAGUCUUCCUGGGUAGGGCAGUCUCCAGACCAAGCCACACUGGAGGCUGUAUACUUUGGACAGCGACCUCUCUCUGGGCAGUUGCCUGGCAGUGUUACAAAUUCCCGGAUGCAGCAGGCACAUGUCAUGCAUAAAAAGAUCUGCACUCUGCUGCUGUCAGCACAUGAAAGUUUGCAACAAAACCUAGUACGAUGCCUCGACAAACUACACCACACCACCACCCUCAAGCUGGAACAAAAGGAUUGCCAUUCUCGACUGAGCAGUGUCAUCAUGAAUCUCCAGAGUCUAGAUGAUGAGGAGGAUCUGAUCCAGACAGCAAUCACGGAUAUAACCCAACUGUGUGCCGAGAACGUCAUUCUUUGGGCUCAGUUCUUGGAAGCUGUCACCUUGCGGACAGAAGUGCAUCUUCUCUUGGCUAAAGAACAUCACAACUUGCGAGUCAGACGGUUUGCAGAGGCCUUCUUCACCAUGGAAAAUGCCAAGUCAGCAUGUUUGGCCUGCUAUGAUCCUGGCAUCCAGGGUCAUGGAGAGCUUGCAAACAUCGUUAGGACAUCAGCCUACUUUCAGCAGCUGCAGCCACUGGUGGUUGAAUGCGCUGAGCUGGAUGGGGACAACACAACCUUGCCCAUCAUAUUUGAGGACAUAUACCAUGACAUAAGGCCAACAGAAAUCUCCAUGAGUAACCAGUUAAGUGAAGCAUCAGACUCUGCAGAACUAGCAGAAGGUCCUCGCCCAAAGUCUGACUCCAACUCCUCCUCCUCUGCAACCUCACAAAAUGGAGAUAGUGUCAUACCUCGACCAAAGACAAGGUUAAAGAAAAAGUUCAUCAAAAAUAUCAAACCAGAGACCUUCAAGCGGCCAUCAUCUUACUCAUGUUCAGAGGUGGAGAAGCAAAAGAUUGACAAGGGUGGUGGAAAAUUUGAGUCUAAGGAAGAGAAGGAAAUUGUGACGUUGAUUGGUUAUCGUAAAGUGCCCAAACCUGAUGGGGUUGGCUCCAGAGCAGUGCUGCUGGGCACCUUAAGCCCCAUGCAGAAGACGCUAGAUGGGGCCCAGCUGAUGGCAUCCCCAUCUCAGUCUGUUUCUUCUUCCUCCAUGCUAGUGCGACCUUGUUGGAGUCGCAGCAGCACCACCUCUCUCCCCGAACUGACGGACUUAUCCUUGUGUCAGGGCACCGAGGCAGCUAUGGAAGGUACAUCUGGUGAGGGGACAAGUGAAGUUUGUGAGGUAGCAAGACAUGACAGCAAGUAUGGUGUAACUAGCGGCAUUGACAAGAAGGAAAAUCUGGCCAUAAAGCGUGCUUUGUUCAGAUCCAACCGUGCAAACACAGCACCUAUAAUGGAAAACGAUGGGGCAGGUGUGGAUGGCUUGGAGAGCCAAGGAGGUGGCACAGAAGCAAUAUCAUUGCUUCCUCAUGCUAGCUCAGCACCAAUAGAAACAUGUCAUCAAGAGCUUCAUGCAUGCACCCUUCAGGGUGGACAAUUGGAGCCUAGCGGCUUGCCUGAGUCUGGGACAAAGCAAGAAACACUAGACAUGACAGAUAAAAAGCUUACAGUGCCUUCUCAGGAAUCCUUCAGAUCCCAACUUCCAGACUCUUCCAACAAAGAUGAUUUCAGUGAUGAUGAGACCUGCAUAGCUAAUGGUUAUGAUAACUUAAUUGAGCAAGGAUCCCCCAGCUGUAGUGAAGACUCUGGCAUCAAACUGUCUUCCACCUCGCAGCCAUCCAUCUGUGAUAACUUAGAGUUAACUGCUCCUUCUGAUUCCAGCAGCAUGAAGACAGGGGUCAGUACAGCUCUCUCACAGACUGUCUAUUUUAGUGAUUCUGACAGCAGCAACAACACCCUGCGAAACAUUGCUCUUUUGCAGCAUGACUUUAAUCUGUGUUCUUUAGCAGAUGCUGGACCAGAUGUCAGUGCAGGGCCAGACAUCAAUGCAGCUGAUGAUGCUGAGAGAAAAGUUACUGUUAUAGAACUGCUGCGUGAAGAGUAUGAACGAUCGCUGAGACAGAAAAGUGCAUCAGAUCCACCAUCUGUGGACAACAGUCCUGUGCAUUGUCAGCGUGCUGCCAGCGACACAGACAUUGUGAGAAAUUUGGAAAGUUUAGAGCUUGUGAGGCAGAGAGCACCGGAAAGUUUUUUGAGCCGACCUCGUACAUCUGACGGCAUUGGCCGAGAGAAAGCAAGGUUACCGUCCUCAUCCUCAAACCCUGAACUGUCCCGCUGGGUGGAUCAGGGGCCACAACCGCGUCUGGUGUCAGCAGUUGGUCACAGCACAGUAAACUUUGUCAGCUUACGGGAGAGAAUGAAGCUGUCACUUAACUAUGCAGGUCACCUGUACAGUGAGUCGUCAACUCUGGCAUCAGCUGUUCCAUAUUUCCAAACCCCUGAUGAGUUUGAAGAUGGAGAUGGUCUACAUCUCAUCGUGUGUGUCCAUGGUCUUGAUGGUAACAGUGCCGAUCUUCGGCUGGUACGGACAUACAUUGAGAUGGCAUUACCUGGCUAUCGACUAGAAUUCCUUAUGUCAGAGCGCAACCAGCAAGACACUUUUGCUGACUUUGAGAAGAUGACAGAGCGGUUGGUUGCAGAAAUUCUUUCCAACAUUGACAUCUACAGCAGUCAUGUGUCGAGGAUCAGCUUUGUAGGCCAUUCGCUGGGUACCAUCAUCAUCCGGUCAGCUUUAACCAGCCCCAAGCUUGCACACCUGCUGCCCAAAAUGUAUACAUUCCUGUCCUUGUCGGGGCCUCACCUGGGGGCUUUAUACAACAAUAGUGGCCUUGUUAACAUGGGUAUGUGGUUCAUGCAGAAGUGGAAGAAGUCUGGCUCCUUGCUGCAGCUGUCUCUUAAAGAUACUAGUGACCCUCGUCAGUCAUUCCUGUAUAAACUGAGUCAAAAACCAGUUCUGCAGCAUUUCAGGCACCUGUUACUGGUGGGCUCCAGUCAAGACCGCUAUGUGCCUUACCACUCUUCUCGAAUCGAGAUGUGUCGGGCUGCACAUAAAGACAACAGUGUCUUAGGUAAAGUUUACCAAGAGAUGGUGGAAAACCUCUUAACACCAGUUAUCAAAAGUCCCAGCUGUCAGUUGGUUCGAUACGACGUGUUCCAUGCUCUCCCUUCCACUGCUAACACCAUCAUUGGGCGUGCCGCACAUAUUGCUGUCUUGGACUCAGAAAUCUUCAUUGAGAAGUUUCUUCUCGUGACUGGUCUCAAGUAUUUCAAAUGAAAAAGGGAAGCAUGCAGGUCUUUCUCUUUGUUGGGCCAGGAGAGGUCAGGCAGCAGCAUCUCAAGGUCACACAUUCUUGUUCAGCUUUGGAUACUGUACUUCUUCAUGUCAGUCAUGGUGGUGAUGUGGAUGUGGCUGCAUUUGCUUAAACAAAACCUUUCACAUCACUAUUUGAUCCCACUGUCAAUCAGCAUUGCAUGUGGUCCAUACACAGUAGACAAAUGUUAUUUAUGUAUAAAAAAAUUUUAUUAUUCAGAAUGCAGGACAGCAGAUAAAACAGUAAAUUGAAACUGAAUAUGUAACUGUAUUCUUCAGUGAAAAACACAAUAAAACUGAAUAUAUAACUGUACUCUUCAGUGAAAAAGAUAAAUAUAAACAUGGGGGGGGGUUUCAUCUGGUGCAGAGCUGAAGGAGGAGUAUUUCCGUCUCUUGUCCUGUUUCCUCCUCUCACAAAAAAUAAAAAUAAGACACUGCUUUUAAAGCUUACUUGUCAUAUCCUAGUUCUCAUUCAUUAUUUUGGCAACCUCAUAUAAAUCAGGAUUGAAAGAAGGCUACCAAAAUCUAGGUGUAUUUUAGGUGGUAUGAUGAUUUUAAGGUUGUCUUUCUUAUUUUUCUUGCUCUUACUUUUAUAUUCAUGUAUUUAAUGGUCUCGUGCAAUGAAAAGUUUCUAAAGGGUUGACAUAAUAAUGUCUCAUGCAAAACAAAUCUUAGACGCAAGGUGUGACAACCAAAAUUACAUCAGGUAUGAGACUGGUCACAUGGUGUCAGGCAAUGAAAAUGGGCAAAGGUGUGACAAUAAAAAUUACAUUUCUAUGAAGUUGUUCACAUACUGGGAAUGGUUACUGUUGUAGCUUGCUGCUAAUACCUCUGUAUAUCUUUUUUUAAUAAAAAUGUCCUAGUUGUUAGUUUAACUAUACAUAGAAUUUCAUGCUGAAUUUCACCACUACCAUCAUUUUGUUACGAACCUUAACCUUGUGUAGAUGAUGUGGAUGUCAUGCAAAUUAUUUGCAGUUUCUGUGAGAGACUGAUCACCUGCAUCAUCCCAUUUGCCACCACAAGUCAUCACGAAGUAAAUGUUAAACUUCUUACUGGCUCAGAAAUAGUCCAGUGACCUAUUCAGCUGAAAUUCUGUGUGGUAUACUUUGACAAAUACUAUGGCAGCUCUAUUUUUUUUUUCUAAGGAAAAAUUUUUUAUGUGUCAUAUAAAUUUAUCUACAUGACAUACCCAGUGUUUGUUGAGAAGGUGAUAACCCUAUAUCUGUAGUGAUGGGUGGUCUCUAAAGCAGCUUAUCAGCACGACCCAGAUUUUUCUGGUUGCCAAAAGACAAACUCAGCAUGGCCGUAGCAGCUAUGAUUAAUAUUUUUUUUUUAAAUGUCAACUCUUGUUAGCAGAGGGAAAGGCAGCACACUCAUUAACUGCAUAGUGUGUUGGACUGAAAGACUUGCUCCUGUGUGGUGCUCUGCGUAGUGUUGAGCUAGAAGGCGCCUGUCUGGUACACCAAAUGUUAUAAAGUGAGAGCCUUGACAAUCUGUGAUGCACAAGACUUUUGCAUGACAAGAGGCAUUGUGAGUGGCUCAGUGGAAAAGGUGAAAAGAUCUUCAAUUAGCAACAGUAACUUUGACUUUUUAGAGUGUCUCGUAGUUUCCUGCUUAUUUCCGAAAUGGUCAUGGCGAUUGCCUCAAGAGAUAAGAUGAUAAUGGCAGAUAUUAAUUGUCAUUAACAUUCUUAUUUUGCAUUUCUUUUUAUAUUCACAGAAGAGAACAUUUUUUUUUGGUUGAAAAAAUAUAUUUGGUCAUUGUUGUUUGCUUUUAUAUAAUAAACAUGCCUAUUGUGAAGUGCUAUCUGUGUGAAUGCUUGCAGUGAAAUAGUGACAGUGAAAAUGAAGAUUUGCAUUUCACAUCAUCUACCUCGUGUGGAUGUCUUAUCCAAUAUACUUCCAGCACCCUGUCCCCUGCCUACUUCUUAGUUGUUUCCUGGCCUCCUCUUUCACUGCUACACACAUACCGGAAACAGUUAUGAUCUUUACUCCUAGACCCCACUUCUGAAGAUUGAUUGGCAAAAUUGACACAAACAUCAAGCCACCUAGUAUAAAGUAAAUGGAGGCAUACCCAUUAAUCGUGCUGUUCUCAUAAUAUUCUUGCCAUGCAUUCCAUUUAGCAUGAUGUCCUUUACAUGAAGCUUUACCUGUAACAUCAUUCCACAUGGGUGGUGGGUUUGUCAUCUUCCCUGGAAAAGCCAUCAGCUGAGGGCAUGAAGGAAGUGUAUAUUCCAUGUAUAAGUGUAUAUUCCAUGUAUAUUUUGUAUGAGGAACACCAAUCUACAUGGUUUCCUUACUAUUUACUUUCACAUUUAAUGUGCAGGAAUUAGGAGCAAAUUGGUUUGAAAGCAAAGUGUGAGAAAAGCAUUUGCAUCUAUGCACUAGAGUGAUUAAGUUGGAUAGUUUUUGGAGAACAAUGGAAUGGUAAGUGUUGUCAGAAAAAAAAAACUGUUUAGUUUUGUUGUUUCAUUUGGGUCUUUGUCAUGACAGUGCAAAUCUGCCUUUUUCGACCUUUUUAAAGAUAAUUUUGUGAAAAUAAUUGAACAGUUUUAUAAACUGGAUGUCCGAUGUCAUGUUGGGUUUCUUUCACUUAGAGUUUGUAUGUAACAUCAUUUUGUGUUAUACAAUCGGCAAAUGCUACACAGCUUUGUGUUGUAAGAGUGAUGUCAGCAUUUAGUGUCAUAUUGCGGUGUAUUUUAGGAGUGAGAUGCCUUUGCUACUCUGUAUCAUAUUCAUAUCAAUAUGAGGGUCAAGAACUUUGUUAAAUAAUAUGACUGAUUUGUAUUGGUUGUGUAAUGCUUUUUUAAAAGACAUGUUCAGUUAGAUACAUUAUGAUGUCCGUUGGAAUUUAUACUAUUGUUAGCGUCCUGACUGGGGAGUUUUUUCCCCCCCAGGAUAUUCACAUGCAAGCAUGACAGCUGUAUUCAUAGCUAGGAGGCUCAGUCUGAGUAGAUGCAGAAAACUGUGAUUGCCACAAGCUUGAUUUUGAACAAACAAGGGGAGAGAGAUACUUCAAACUGACAUGAUGUUGGGCUAAUUUUGCCCGAUACGUGUGUGCAUACCUGACUUUUUUUUUGACUAGUGCUUGCUAAGAUUUCAUUGCAUGUGGGUCCUGUUUACAGGGCUGGCUACUUAGCUAUGAUAGAGACUUAGUUGCUGGCUCUGUGUAAAACACCAGUUCCUUUAUCCCUUUUGGAAUGUUUCUGCAUGUAUAGUGUGUCAUAAUAUAUAGAUUCUUGUGUCCAUUGCAUCUGCAUAUAAAGCUAGAACAUUUUUCAGACAAAGAACUGUUAUAUGCUUCGAACUUUCUUGAACAAACCAGUGUAAUACCUCUGAACAAUACUUCUUGAAGCUGAGAUUUUAGGUAUGCUGAGACAUAACUUUUCCUUUUACUGAAACUGUCACUUUCACACCUUCAAGUUUUGUUUUUUUUUUUUUGCUUGCAUAAAGGUCUGUCAUACUUUAAGGUAGAUCUUGUGUGUGUUCAGAAAGACCACUCACUGAGAGGUCUUAGAAGUUGGUGCAUCACAUCUGAAUUGCAGAUUUGAAAAUACUGUAGCUGCUGGCCAACAAGAAGAAACUUGCCAUAAUUUAUUUCAAGGCUUUAAUGGACACUUGGUAUCUAUCAUCCUCAAGUUUUUGAAGUCCUAGGGUAUCUCUUGCUAUCAUGCAGGAUUUGAAAUCCAUAGCAAUGUUUUUCUUUCAAGUGCUUGAUUUUUAUUUUUUGCAUUUUUGGUAAUUUUUCCUUGUUACUGCUUACUUGCCAAAUGGCUGUACUUUGAUGUUUCUAAUAUCAUAUGCAUAUCAUUAAUUUGUUUAAGUAUUGCAUAGAAUUCAUUUGGUAUAAAGUAUUAAUCAGUGAAAAUACCCUAUACAUCUUAUUGACAUCUAACACUGUUAAUCACAGGAGGUUAUUUACAAACUGUAAACAUUUUAAUAUGUAGGGUCAAAGCAGUGAUAUCAUGAGAUGACCAGGCGUCAUUAACAGUGACACCUGGAGUCAGUGCUCACUAUAUAUCAUUAAUAGAACAACUACCAUUAAAAGUAACACCUGGAGUCACUACUCCCUACAGGUGACAUCAUGAGUAGACCAGCUGCAAUUAAUAGCGACACCUGGCAUCACUACAAGGAUUUUUUAGCAGACCAGCUGUCAUUAACAGUGACACCUGGAGUCACUACUUGCUACAGGUGAUGAGUAGACCAGCUGGCAUUAACAGUGACACCUGGAGUCACUACUCACUACAAGUGAUAUUGAGUAGACCAGUUGCCAAUGACACCUGGAGUCAGUAUUCACUAUGUGAUUUCAUAAAUAGACCAGCAAUAGGGUUACCUGGAGUCACUACUGUGUUUUAGGAUUAAGAGUAGACCAGCUCUGUCUCAGUAGGAUUGUAGAUGUUUACAACUGUUAUAGUUUUAGUGGAAUAUUCUGUGAAGACUCUUUUUUACCAGGGCAGUUUAUGAUGCAGUGUCUAGUAGAGCACUUAAGAUGUGCACAGUAGGACAUUAUUUCUAUUAUAUUAGAAUUGCUAAUAAUUAUAUUGCUUUAGACAAUGCCAAAAGCACAUUACCAAUGUUUAAAAAAUGUGCUGGCUUGUGAAAAGAGUCAUAUUUCAUUCAUGUGGUAACCUCAGCUUCUUCAAAGCAUUGGUGUGUGAGCACAGUUAUUUAGCAGUGAAAUUUACUGACCUCUUUGUGUUAAUCAGAGUUUGUUUCCUAAUGAGAGCGACUGUAGUCUGUAAAUGUGGAGUUUGUUUUUACUGUUUUCAGGAGCAUUGUCAGUCGGAGGCAUUACAAUGGAUUGAAUGUUGAGGACAUUAAAACUCGAGUCCAUACAUAGCAAUUUAUUUGGUUCUAUUUAGAAACUUUGUUGCAGUUCAUUAGGCCGCCCUGCUUAAACUUUUCUUUUAGGCUACUAAUGUGUUGAUGACUUUUGGUACUUAUAUCUUUAGCAUAGUAUUUUAUGAACAGUUUUGAUUAUGUUUACAUAUCACAUUCAUAUUUUUUGUUGACAGUACAAUCAUAAAAUCAUCAAUUGUCCAGUUGUCUUAGGGAUACAGCAAUAGACUGAGCAACAGACAGGCAUUAGUACUUAUAUUUCUUGGUAUGCUGGCAUGUGUUUGUGUAGGUGAAUGUUCAUUUAGGCAUCAGCCCAAAACAGCUUCAUGCUUUAAAGUGUUUGGUCACUGAAUCAUUUUUAAACUUUACAAUUAGAAUUUUAGGGUUAUUUUCCAUAUGUCUGAACACAUGCUAGCUCAUUUUGACAUAGUAGUACUCUCAUUACUGACAUUAACUUUGAAUCAGGAUUUUGUAAUUUAAGUUUGUUUUGGAGACCAUUUCAGAUGAUUAGUUAGACAACUUUUAUUUGUGAUGUGUGCUAUUUUAAAUUGUUUCUAAUUUGGCUAUUCACAACUAUAUUUUUAGAUGGGAAAAAUUGCUGAGCAUUGUGAGAUCUGAAAAUGAGGUAGGUUUAAUUUUCGAAUGUGUUUUGAUGAUUACUAUCAUAAGAAACAGAAUCUUAUUCACAAACUUUCUUGUUACUUGCUUUUCAUCUCUAAGUGAAAGCUAUCUUGAAAAUCGUUAUCUUUCAGCUUUUCCAAAAGCUUUACUGGAAACAUAACAGAAAUGUUUCAGCCUCUUCAGCAUGCUGUGCAGUGUGGUAUGCUUGCUGUGCUUGAAGUUUUGAUGGACUAUCACACAUGCUGUUCUAUGCUUACCUGCUUGUGUAAGUUUAUAAACUAUAGCUUUCCUCCUUACAGAAAAUAACAGCUUCUUGUAGCCAUUUAAUGGUGUGUGCUGUCAGCAAUCCCUUGACUCAUCAGCUUUAUCGUUAGAUACACCAUCAAACUUGCUUUUCUUCAAAUUGGUGGACUGAGAGCUUUUUGUUCACCUUUAGCUUUGUACACAGUACAAACAGGAGUCCUUGUUUACCUAAGUGUUCAAAGUAUACCAGCUUGUUCUCAUACAGUGUUCAUGCAGUCUAUACAUGUCACAAAAUUUUUUAAAAAGUCUUAUCAGCAUCAGUUCAUGCUAAAAGGCUGUGGAACCACUAUGGUGAUCAUACCACCUGUUGUUACCAUCUCUCUCGAGUCUCUGUCAUUCUUACGGGAUCUGCUGAAAGGUAGGCCAGACACUCCUGGAAGUUGUCUGCCCAUUUCCUCAUUUGUCUCCUUUCCUACCUCCAUGUGCCAUUACCUGCAGGAUCUUCUUUGCAAGAUCAUGAUGAUUGUGAGCUUGUAUCUUAUGAUUAGAGCAUGUUUUACAUAAAGUCCAAUAAUCUGUUUUUUACUGUUUGUUGGCAGUGUGGUCAUUGUCUUAGAAAUAGGAUUAAUCCUUUUCUAGCAUCUUGCAUCUUGAUACCAUAUAAAAAGUUCUUUCUUGGAUUCUUGUCUUGGUACAGUUAAGUGUUCAAACAGUACAAACUAGUACCCACCUAUACCUGAGUGUUUGUAUAGUAGAAGCCAGAAUGUAGAUCAUUUUCCAGGCCAACAUUUCUGUGGGCUGCUACAUGCAAACCAACCAUAGUGUUUUGAAAUCUUUAAUUCUAAUUUAAGCAUUGAGGAUAAUAAACACCUUGGUACAUAAUUUAAUGCAAAUGUUAAUAUAUUUGGUGCACUCUGUAGACCCUCAGGUCUAACACUAACCCUAGUAUUAGGUAAUUUUAACAUUAUCCUGGUGCCACUGGAGGUAUUUUUUUCUUCACUGUAUUAGUGCAAUCAUUUUUAUACGUCCAUGUUAAUUUAUGCCUUCAUUUGAAGACUUUUUUUGUUAUUCUAGACAGAUAUAGCAUGUUACUUUCAUUAGUUAAAAUUACAGGUUGUUUGCCCCCAAAAAGAAGUACGACUAGUUUUGAAAAUUGAAAAAAAAAAAGCUGUGACAGCAGAAAUGUAGGAAAGGUUAAAGGACUGAACUUAUCCAUCAGACACUGGAUGCUCCACAACUACCAAGCAGAGCAUUUUAUAACAUGAUUGCAACCCUUCUAACCAAUCUAUAGACAUAAUAAAAGUGAUGUUUCUAAUAAUCUGCCUUUUGUCACACUAUUCCUUCAUGGCCUGCCUUGAUCUUUUUUUAAACCCUAAACAUUUCGAGUUAUGUUAGGCUUGAAGUGCCAUAACUGCUUGUAUGUAUGUAUGUGUUGUGUGUAUCUGCAUUAUAUAUGAACUUUUCUGCACUAUAACACUCUGUACAGUGUGAUGUGUCCAGAGCCAUUCUUGACGGUGCCAAUACAAUCUUGCAUACAAGUAUUUAAUACUGUAUCAAAACAGCACAACUGUAUCUGACAGGAUUUAAGCAUGAUUGCAAUAUGGUGACCUACUCAAAAUCUUUUACUAUUUUUGUUGGUAUUGUACACUAGUAUACAAUGUGAUAUUUGUAAAUAAAGACGAUGACAAUGAUUUG